CUUGCCAGCAGCCACUGGGCGAGAAAUAAUAUGAAUUUUGGUGAAAUUAUGACAUCGGAAUCCCUGAACGCGUGUGCUACUUCUAUGUUUAAUCAUAUAUCGUUUGUCAACAGCUUUCGGGUUCUUAAUCGGUGAAGUCAGAGUGCCAGACGAUGCUAGCCGGUUAGCCCGGGUUGUUGCUAGCUGGCUAAGGAAGUUAGCCGGGUAGCUAGCCAUCCGCGUCAGCUUGCCGGAGGCUGUUCUCUUGUUUCGCGCAUUUCAAGCCUGUUCACCGACCUCAGUAACUGUUAAACUGGUUCCUAAACGUAAACGUUGCAUUAUAGCUUCACCAGUCUAAAAUGUGAAAGACAGAAACGUACACAAGCCGUUUUUAAAAUGAGGAGUAAACAGUGCUUAUCCUGAGCGGCUGGUUUUGUGCCAACGCUGCUCUUUUGUUUUGACAAAGGAAGAGGACCUGAAUUUCUUUCCUUUUUUUCCAAACCAUUUCACGUUUGGUGGUGGACAGUUUUGCUGGCAAUUUCCCCCCAGUUUCGACUAUGGCUCCACAUAAGCAGAGCUCCUCAGGUGGAAGCCACCCGGUGGGUUUUGGUUCUGGAGGAAAAGCCAACGGGUUGUACCAGUCGUCCUCCGCUGUGAUGGCUGCAGCCAAGAAGCCCAACAUGCAACUUAUUCAAGCCGACCACGAGUUGUUCUUGCAGGCCUUCGAGAAACCAACCCAAAUCUACAGGUUCCUCCGCACAAGGAACUUGAUUGCUCCUAUAUUCUUGCACAGGACACUCACCUAUAUGUCCCACAGAAACUCAAGGAAUAAUGUCAAAAGGAAAAGCUCCAAGGUUGACAAUCUGCUGUUCAAAGUAGAAAAGAUGAGAGGUGAACAGGAGACUCACAGCUUGACCUCUAAUCUGCAGCUCACAUUUACUGGCUUCUUUCAAAAAGCUGGAAAACCAUCUCAGGACAGUGAGAAUGAGCAGAACUCUGUGUCUCUGGAGGUGCUGCUGGUCAAAGUCUGCCACAAGAAGAGGAAGGAUGUCAGCUGUCCAGUGAAGCAGGUCCCUACAGGGAAGAAGCAGGUUCCUCUGAAUCCAGACACAAGUGCUGGAGUCCAGGCUAAGACAGGGUCCUUCCCCUCCCUGCUGGUCCCCAGCAUUGAGUUUGAACCCAGCAACUCUCACAUGGUCAAAUCUUACUCAUUGCUCUUCAGAGUAUCGAGACCUGGAUGUCCCCGAACACAGAUCAACGGCCUGGCCAAUGGAGAAAAUCACCACAGCAGAGAUUUCUCAGAGGAAGUCGUGAACAGGAAGAGGAGGAGCUCCUCUCUCAGGGAGGAGGGAGAAACCACAUUUGUGGCUCAGAUGACUGUCUUUGAUAAAAACAGGCGUCUGCAGCUGUUAGAUGGGGAGUAUGAGGUGUCCAUGCAAGAGAUGGAGGAGUGUCCUGUUAAUAAGAAGAGGGCGACCUGGGAGACCAUCCUGGAUGGAAAGCGUUUGCCUCCGUUUGAGAGUUUCUCUCAGGGUCCAACCCUACAGUUCACCCUGCGCUGGACCAGCGACUCCACUGAUCGAUCCACUGCACCCGUGGCUAAACCACUGGCCACCCGCAACUCUGAGACCAACCAGGACACCAGACCCAGCACCCUGAGAGCCACACACACACUCGCUGUUAAAGAAUCUUUAAAUGCAGACGUGCAAACCAGAAGAGAACAAAUCUUAGCUGAGCCCCGACAGAAGCUACGAAUCUUCUACCAGUUCCAGUAUAACAACAACACGCGGCAGCAGACCGAGGCCAGAGACGACCUCCACUGUCCGUGGUGCACCCUCAACUGCAGGAAGCUGUACAGUCUGCUCAAACACCUCAAACUGUCCCACUCCCGCUUCGUCUUCAACUAUGUGCCCCAUCCUAAAGGAGCAAAAAUCGAGGUCUCCAUCAACGAGUGUUACGACGGUUCAUAUGCAGGAAACCCUCAGGACAUCCACAGCCAGCCGGGCUUUGCCUUCAGCAGGAACGGUCCCGUGAAGAGGACUGCUGUCACCCACAUUCUGGUCUGCAGACCAAAGAGGACGAAGCCAAGUCUGUCUGAGUUCCUGGAGUCGGAGGAUGGCGAUCGGGAGCAGCAGAGGACAUACAUCAGUGGACACAACCGCCUGUACUUCCACAGCGACUGCUGCCUGCCACUCAGGCCUCAGGAGAUGGAAAUGGACAGUGAGGAUGAGAGGGACCCUGACUGGCUCAAAGAGAAGACAGUUAAGCAAAUUGAGGAGUUCACUGACGUAAACGAAGGGGAGAAGGAGAUCAUGAAGCUGUGGAACCUGCACGUCAUGAAGCAUGGCUUCAUAGCAGACAACCAGAUGAACGAGGCCUGCCUGCUGUUUGCUGAAAACCACGCUGCCGUCAUCGUCAAACACAGUCUUUGUCGCAACUUCCUGCUGCACCUGAUCAGCAUGCACGACUUCAACCUGAUCAGCACACUGACCAUCAACCAGGCCAUGGCCCGCCUCCGCCUCCUCCAGAGCCAGGCAGCUCACGGAGACGGGGAAGAAGACGAGGAGGAAGAAGAAGAGGACUGGGAAACGGCCGUGGAGUCCCAGCCGGAGCUGGACCCCGAUCCUGAUCCUGAUCCAUCCGAGUAUAAAGUCUGUAGUGAUGAGACGAGCAACGGCUGCCUGGAGAAUGGAAACCAGCAGGAGGGGAGCUGAGGAGCUGCGACAGAAAAGCCGAGCAGAACACGUCAGAUUGGUUUUAAACUAACCGUCGAUCAGACAUCCCCAAAUAGGACAGGAAACUGAGGCGACAAACAAACAGGUGUCAAACACACAGGUUACUGCAGGGAUAACGUCUUCAAAGGCAGGUUACAUCAGGAACAAGAUGAACUUUUAAUCUCGGAAGUCAUUUGUUUUCCACUUUUUCACAGAUCUGAGUCAAAGAGACACUUCAGAGGCGCUAAAAACGUCUCAACUUGUUAAAAGCUUGAAGCUUUGAAUUAUGAAUAUUUACUUGUUUUUCCAUGUUGUGUGUCCUGAUGCUGUAGAUAUAUCCAGAGCUUUAGCUCUGAAACUCAAAGGUGCUGCAGUUGCUGUGUCAUUUCUUUGUUUCCAGCCAACCAAGUUUAUUUGAAACUAUGGAGUGAGCACAAAACAAAUUCAAUCAAGGAGAGGGAUAUGUUAUUUUAAAAUGAUAUAUACAUUUGCAGUAAAAAUUAAAAUUUCUGUUUCACAUUGUUAAAUUUAUUUAUCAGAAAUCGGUUAUAAAAAUACAGAUGCUGAUGACUGGGGAAAAUGAUAAAGGUCAGAUCAGAUAAUCACCCAACCCCUUGUAUGGAGACAUUUUCGGGAAAUAGACAAAAUUCCAUGAAAGACCUAAAACAAUGUGUUGCUCAAUGCUUAAUGUAUUUUCUCCACUAUAAUUUCUCAGUUCUGCUCACAACUAAUUUGAUUUCAGUUGUUUGGGACUAUUUUCAGUGGUGGACUAAUCCACGUUCAGUACUGUGUUCUUUGGUGCCACUUUCCUUCAACAUCGUUACAUCGAUCACAUGCAAGAAUUCAUCCUGACCCGUAGUUUCAUGAUGGUUUAUUUUGUGUUCUCUCCAUAGUUCAGUUAACAAACCUCAGAUGGGAUCAUCUUCCUCAGUGUGAAGCACCAAUCAGUGACCUUCCAGGCACGCUCAGCUCCACCAAAGGUUUUCUUUUCAUACAGAGUGUGUUUACAUGCUCAUUGGUUUCUCGGUUAGGAGUCACAGGCGUGAUCACCUGCUCUGUACCUCAACAGUUCACAGGAAUCUACUUCAGUUUUAUGAGAACCUUGACUCUGGUGUGCAUGUACACACAUGUCCAGUACAGGUUUUUUUUUUAAACUACUGGUGCUAGAUGUUUUUAUUCCUCAGAAACCCUCAUUUCGAUGCAGCUCUGCUCCUUUCUUACAGCGAUCUCUUGCAGACUUGACGUUUUCCUCUUUCCUAUCAUGCAUCUCUGCUCUGCUGAUCCCAGGACAACAAAGACACACUUCAAGCUCCACCUCCUUUAAGAUUCAGCAAUGCAGAAUUGUGAAAUCUGAACACAACACGAGCAUAACUUGUGCCUCUAUUUUGAAGUCUGUCGAUUACUUGCUGAGUUUAGUAUUUGUGAGGCUCGAGAAGCGAAGAUACUUCUCACAAUGAAACAGCUGUUUUUAUUACCAGUUGAACAGGGCUGCGAAUGACAAUUAUUUCAUUGUAGAAUAAUCUGUUGGUUAUUUUCUCUGUUAAUUGGAUAGUUGUUUGGUCUGUAAAAUUUGAGAAAAGAUGAUCAGUGCUCAAAAUUACAUUCUCAAAUCAAAGAUACACCAUAUUGCCAAAAGUAUUCGCUCACCCAUCCAAAUAAUCAGAAUCAGGUGUUCCAAUCUCUUCCAUAGCCACAGAUGUAUAAAAUCAAGCACCUAGGCAUGCAGACUGAUUUACAAACAUUUGUGAAAGAAUGGGUCGCUCUCAGGAGCUCAGUGAAUUCCAGCAUGGAACUGUGAUAGGAUGCCACCUGUGCAACAAAUCCAGUCGUGACAUUUCCUCGCUCCUAAAUAUUCCACAGUCAACUGUCAGCUGUAUUAUAAGAAAGUGGAAGUGUGUGGGAAUGACAGCAACUCAGCCACCAAGUGGUAGGCCACGUAAACUGACCUACCACGGGAUCAGCGGAUGAUGAGGCACAUAGUUAUGGUGUGGGGUUGUUUUUCAGGAGCUGGGCUUGGCCCCUUAGUUCCAGUGAAAGGAACUCUGAAUGCUUCAGCAUACCAAGACAUUUUGGACAAUUCCAUGCUCACAACUUUGUGGGAACAGUUUGGAGCUGGCCCUUUCCUCUUCCAACAUGACUGUGCACCAGUGCACAAAGCAAGGUCCAUAAAGACAUGGAUGACAGAGUCUGGUGUGGAUGAACUUGACUGGCCUGCACAGAGUCCUGACCUCAACCUGAUAGAACACCUUUGGGAUGAAUUAGAGCGGAGACUGAGAGCCAGGCCUUCUGGUCCAACAUCAGUGUGUGACCUCACAAAUGUGCUUCUGGAAGAAUGGUCAAAAAUUCCCAUAAACACACUCCCAAACCUUGUGGACAGCCUUCCCAGAAGAGUUGAAGCUGUUAUAGCUGCAAAGGGUGGACUGACGUCAUAUUGAACCCUAUGGAUUAGGAAUGGGAUGUCACUUACAUUCAUAUGCGAGUCAAGGCAAGUGAGCGAAUACUUUUGGCAAUAUAGUGUAUUUAGUUUGCCGUCAUAGUGGAGUUUUUUUCCAGGUGCUGCCUCCGAUUUAUUUUGAUUCAUUAUGAACUGAAUAAUUUGGUAUUUUUAAGCUGUUUCUCUCAGAUGCACAAGCUCUUCAGAUCUGCCGUUACCUUUUUUUGACUGACUCAAUGAUGAGUUGUUAUACGGACUUUGGGCCACAUGUUAAAGAAGGCACACAACAUUCACUGGAGCUCAACAUGGUGCUGUUUUUUCCUCGUGUUGUUGCUGUGCCUGUUAUGUACAUAAGACUCUGUUUAAUUAGGUGUAAAGAAUUAGCUUUGGAAUAUGGUUGUUUGGAGACCUGAACACCAGCCAAGAAGUUUUGUUAGUUUCUUAGUUUACACACCAAAGGGGAUUCCUUUGAUGCAGAUUUCUCCGCUCUUGUUUCGUGUCUCAUGUUUGGGAAAAAAAAAAAAACAGGGAUUUCUGCAAAGCAGACUCAGGCCGCAUCUCUGGACCAUCUGACACAGGAUCCUCACUGCCUUCAAAUCAUCUGAGGUUCAACAGUGAGCAAAAAAAGCAGAGUCCAGAUACUGCCUUACAGUUUACUGCUACAUUUUGAACAGAUUGUAUGCAGUAUGAUCCUCCAGAUGUAGCCAGCUGUUAGGACUGGCACUGCCACAGAGAUAUUUUGAGCUUUGAUGGGAUUAGUUGGGUUUAUUUCUUGUAUUGUGGCCCUGCUCUUUUAAAAGCUUUACAUCAGUCUGAUGGUGACAAAUCCAGCCUGUAGGAAUCUGCUUUGCUGCAGGAAUUCUGAGCCAUUUGGGUUGACAUGCGACAGUUCUGUGACAGAGCACUUUCUGGUUUCAGUGGAGCCCAUUGUUGAUUUAUUAUUUUUUUGUUCAUUCACAAGACCAGCAGCAUUUUGCACAAGAUGGGAGGAGCCAUGUCAAGAAAACAAGACUUUUCUUCAACAAUAAUGUAAAACCAGCUUGACAAUAUGAACAUUUGAGUGAAGUCAGAUUGGUUUUCUAUUAAAGGAACCAUUUUGUAA